AUGAAAGUCUUCAGUCCAGCGAGGUCGGUUAGGAAAAACAGCCUUUCGGACCACAGCCUGGGCAUCUCCCGGAGCAAAACCCCAGUGGACGACCCGAUAAGCCUGCUGUAUAUGAAUGGCUGCUACUCCAAGCUCAAGGAGCUGAUGCCCAGCAUCCCGAACAAGAAGGUGAGCAAGAUGGAUCUGCAGCCCGUCGUCGACUACAUCUUGGACCUGCAGAUCGCCCCGGACUCGCACCCCAUUAUUGUCAGCCUGCACCACCAGCAACCAGGACAGAGCCAGGCGUCCAGGACGCCGCUCACCUCCCUAAACACGGACAUCAGCACCCUGUCCUUGCAUGCUUCCAAAUUCCCUUCUGAGUUCAUGUCAAAUGAUAGCAAAGCAUUCUGUGGCUGA